AUGAACCCGGAGAAAGCAGACAAGGAGCGUCCCUUCUUCCAGGCCCUUAAAGCUAAAUGUGGACAGCCGUUCACAAUCGGAGAGAAGUUGGUGCUCCCUGCCAUCAAAGAGGUCAUCUCUACGGUGAUGGAGCAUGAUCCCACACAGGUACUGAAAUCGCUCCCACUCAGGAAUGACACCGUGGCACGCAGGAUUAAUGAAAUGGGCGCUGAUACAGAGGAGCAGCUGUGUGUCAUCCUUCGGGACUCUUAUUUCAGCAUUCAGCUGGAUGAGACAACCACCUUAGACGACAACGCCCUGCUGAUGGCCUACUAUAGGGCCUCCAACAGUAAGGAGAUGGCUGAGGAAUUUUUGUUUUCUAAAUAUCUCGAAACCGACACCAAGGGCCAGACCAUUUUUAAUGCGCUUCAUGCGUAUCUGGAGGAGAAGUCAAUUCCCAUUAGCAACAUCCUGGCUCCUGAUGGUGCUCCCUCCAUGGUUGGCAGGUACCGUGGCUUCACCGCUCUGCUGAAGGAGCAGGUCCCGCACGUCCUCGCAGUCCACUGUGUCUUACACCGCCACAACCUUGUGGCCAAAUCUAAAAGUCCAGCUCUUCACGAUUCACUUAAUAUAGCAGUCAAGGCAAUAAACAGAAUAAAAGCCCGUGUCCUGAAUGACAGACUGUUCCGACAGCUGUGUCAGGAAAAUGAUGAGACAUUUGAGCGUCUUCUUCUCCACACUGAUAUCCGGUGGCUCACAAAAGGAAACUGCCUUGCUCGUUUUUGUGAGCUGUUUGACAGCAUCGUGGAGUUCCUGGGGCAGGUUGAUGCAGAUCUCGGGGGAAAAGGUAAUGUCCAGCCGCUGCGACAUCAUGUGUCUGACCGCCUCCUCAUUUACAUUGACCACCUGAGGAUGGUUAAGGCGGACAUGGAGGUCCGCUUCAAGGACCUCCUGGACCUCGACGUUCCCAUCUGGGUGGUGCAGCCCUUUCAGUCCAAGUACCGAAAUCGCUUGGACUUGAUGGACUCCGGCGCACUACGCCUGAAACUAACUUCUCUGCAACCCGCAGUGAAGAAACUGGUUGAGAAACACCAAGUGCAGGGCUCACACUAA